AUGAAACAAGCUUUUCAGUUUCUCAUUAUUUUUUGCAUAUCUAUUUGUAUUAUUGAAAUACAUGAAGUUAAGAAAGCUUUACUAGGAGUCGCUGGAUAUUGGCAGCCAACACAACGGCUCGGUAAGGCCGUGGAUCAUAAUAAUGAGACAUCGCCGGUUCGCAAUAGCAGUGUUAUGCGCCAGCAGACGGGAAUAUCCUUGCAUAAAACCAGAGUCGACGUUGACGCUAAAGGUUUGAAUAUAACAUCACCGAGUAGUUCAAUACAGGUGCACAAUAUACCCAAGGAUAAACUACGGAAUGGCAUACCAUCAAAUAACACACUACUCGAAGGCAUGAUACCCGAGGAGAUACAACCAAAGGACAUAGCACGCAAGGAUAUGCCUGCACAUGACAUAUCACUCAAGGAUAUAACAUCAACAGACUUGCCACCAAAGAUCAUAACACCGAAUGACACACUCCCCAAGGACCUGGCGCCCGAAGUCAUAUCUCACAACGACCUAACACCAAAAGAUAUACUAACCAAGGACAUGCCACCGACGACCAAACCUCCCAAGAACAUACCAAAAGCCAAAUACGAUGUGUCAGAAGAAAGAAGCUACUUGUUUCCAUUACAUUUUGAUUCUAAUGGACCCAAUGUUCAAUAUACCGCUUUUCGGAAGGGAGUAGCUUUUGCGAUGUUCUACAAAAGAACUAUUGUCGAAAUGUGGUUUUAUUCCCAUUGGACAUCUGGAAGUCACACGAGACAUUUUCUCAAUGAAACCAUCGAUAUGAAGAAACUGCGAGAAAUUACAGACAUAGCAACACUAGAUGUGUUUAAAAAAGACUGUAAUAAUACAAUUGACAUUGUCUUGAUGGAUCCGUUUGACGUGACUAGAUCAGGAUCGCUGCAAGAGUUUACAGAAUCGUAUAUCCAGAAACAACGCGGCCUGGAGAAAAGGUACGGCAUUAUUUUGCCCAACGCCUCCUCUAUACCGAACACAAAAGAGAAAGCAUUGUUUCAAUUGGCACAUCCUCCAAGUACCAGGUGUUUGGGGAUAUUGGAACCAGGACACAGUAUCAAGUGGACAUUCCCAAAUUAUACCUCAGUCUUGGGUAAUGUGGACUCGCAUUUACUGAAACCAGACUAUAUAAGAAAGAUGGCCAUUGAUGUUAAUAAAAAGCUUUGCGGCGGUGACGGGUUCAUGGCACUGCACUGGAGAAAUAGAUCAGGAGAAUCUUGUGGUCGUGGUAAAGAAUGUCUUGAUAUUAUGAAAGUUGUCGAAGUCAAUCGUACUGCAAAAGUUGUGGCCAAUGAUAUACGUAACUACAUGAUGAAACAUGACAUAUCUUGCCUCUAUGUAGCCAUGCCUCCAUUUGCAAGGGUAAUGCUGACCAUACUAAAAAACGCCAAUGUUUCACAAGUAAAAACCUUUGAUGAUAUAUCGACUAGUGAGUACCCAGAAAUCGUCAAAAUAAAAGAUGAUGGGUUUUUAGUAUCUCUCCUGGAACAAGAAAUUUGUGCACGUUCCAAAGUCUUUCUGGCAACAACAUACUCAUCAUGGUCACGAAUUCCGUCAAUUUCAAGAUCACUGCUUGGAAACAAAACUUUAACGUUAACAAAAUUUGCUAGCUGGAUAUCGCCUCUAGAGCAACAGCCUGACAAAGAGUUAAUUUUUACAAACACACGUGGUGCCACCCUGUGCGCAGCUAUACGCCACACUGCGUUCCAGUUCGCAUUAGAACACUGA